CUUGCAUUACUGGUCUGACAUAGUUAUAAGUCAUGAUUCUGCUUUUUUUCCGGUCAUAAGCUGCAGCGUAUCAUGUCAGCUUCAACCAGGACUCUGUACAGCACCUCCCAAAAGUCGACUUUGGUGUUUAGCUGAGCAGCAAAAAAAAAAAAAAAAAAAAGAAAAUCCUCCACUUUUCAGCAAUGAUGAUGGGUCGAUCGCUUAAACUUUGGUCUUUGGUGCUGGUGAUAUCGGCCACUAUUAUCUUUUUUAUUAUGUUCUUGGAAAACUCAGCAAGAGAAAUAACUUUAAACUACAGCUGGAUUUCCAUGUCAGGAAUGUACAAAGUGAGCGGAGAAGACAAGCUGCUACGCGCCGGUGAAUUAUUGCAAAAGAAGGGAGAGUUGGCUACAACAAAUACAACAGCGCUGACAUCUGAUCCAGUUAUUACCGCUUCUUCUGAAACUCCUAUUCCUAUGAUUUUGAAAAAGUUUUUCAAGAAACUUCCUCAGUGGAGCUUUGAGGAUAUUUACAACUUGGACGCGCCACCUAGACCUAUGACUUGUCCACAGUCUCUGCGUAACUCCAAGGACGAGGAUUUCCAGAAAGCUUUCCUUCCCAACAUACGCAUGUUUCUGCACAAAGACAACUUCAACAUCAGAGAGUGGAACCGGCUCUCACAUUUUAAUAAUCCCUUUGGUUUUAUGCAAAUGAAGCAUGAUGAUGUAAUGCCUGUAGUGAAGCUGAUCUCAAAGCCCAAAGAGCCGCUGCUCCUCCCAAAGCCAGGCGGGGACGGCUGCGUCCACUGUGCCGUGGUGGGAACGGGCGGCAUCCUGAACGGCUCGAAGAUGGGCGCCGAGAUUGAUGCUCACGACUACGUGUUUCGGAUGAACGCCGCGGUGGUUGACGGUUAUGAGGAAGACGUCGGAAACAGAACAUCAGUUUAUGUUCACACUGCUCACUCCAUUACAGCAUCCCCUAUUUUUUACCGCAAGUUUGGAUACAAGGCUGCUCCGCAUGAUGAGGGUAUAAAAUACGUCCUGAUUCCUGAGGGCUUGAGGGACUUCCAGUGGCUCAACGCCGUCAUCAAAGGAGAAAGAGUCGCUGAAGGGGAAUAUCGUAACAGGAACGCCAGGACCUACUAUUCAGGCCAGUACAAUGAGACCCGGUUUUAUGUCCUGCACCAGGACUUUCUGCGAUACGUACGAAACAGGUUUUUAAAAUCAGGCAAUCUUAAUCGGGGCUACUGGGCCAUCGUCCGACCAACCAAUGGGGCAUUUGCUAUUUUUACGGCUCUGCAUGUUUGUGACACAGUGAGUGCGUACGGAUUCAUGACUGAUGACUACAGUAAAUACUCCAACUACUACUUUCAAAAGUACCUGAAAACCAAUGUAGUUUUCUACGCCAAUCAUGACUACAUUAUGGAGAAGAAUUUGUGGAAGAGCUUCCAUGAAAGAAAAAUAAUGAAGCUGUUUCAAAAGGCUAAACCACAGGAAAAGACAGAAAAGCAGCCACCGCCCUGACACUCUGAAAACGAGUCAAACCGUUUGCCGUCCUGAUCAGCAAUAUUUAAAACCGGCUAAUUCUGCUGCAUAAUGAGCACUUUAAGAACAUUUUAGUGACUUAUGCUGCUGCACUUGAAGAGCCAUAGUUUUAUAUUUAAAAUAAAUCUGAAGGGUACAUACAGAGAAGACUUGCUGUAAAGGAACAGACACUGUGCAAUUAGAUGGAAGAUUUUGUGUUUGUAUACAUCAGGCUAAAACUUUCAGGGAAUCCAAUUUUCUCAAUUUUACAGCCAUUUAUUGAAUGAUAUUUUUUUUUUAGCUUUGAUGUUUUUCAACUGUUUUAGGGCAAUUUUGAUGUGCUGAAUGCAAAAAUUGCGUUGGUUUUGCUCAAUCAGGUCAACUUUCUGAACUAAGGAUGAAACACGAGCAUCAGUGUUUAUUAUUCUAUUUCCAG